AUGUCGGAAUAUGUUUGUUUUACAGGUGGAAGAACGAGUCCGAGGGCGUUAUGGCCGAAAUCGCAUGUACGAACAGCGAGGAGGUUGAGUACGUCCAGUGCGCCCACUGUGAUAUCAUCUUUAUGAACAUGAAGUAUUGUAUAGAGCAUAUGAACGCCGUGCACGAGGCUCAGAUGCAUUAUUGUCAGUAUUGUAAGCUAAUAUACCACGGACAGGAGAAAGAUUUCGACGAGCACACGUUCGCUUGUGGACGGCACAACGAGGACUACAAACAUCCGUACGAUCCCGUUGAAGACUACGAGAAGAAAGGGGAAGCACCCAACGAAGAAACGCCCGCUACGGAGAACGUAGGGGAACCGUUGUGUUUCAUUUGCAAUCUAUGCGGGAGAAAUUUCACGAAGAAGUCCGAAUUAAAGAAGCACAUCAAGAGACAUUCCGACAUGAAUCGAGACCACAACCCAGACGAGACGGAGCUUGUAAAUAAAGCUAAGCAGGUCGUCAACGAUCGCGUAUCUUUCAAAUGCGACACGUGUACGAAGGUUAUGUUCACGAAACGUGGUUUCUUGCGUCAUAUUAGGGUUCAUUCGGAUAAACGACCCUGCACGUGCGAUUUGUGCGGGAAAUCUUAUCGAAUCGAGCAAGAUCUGGCUAGACAUAUAAGGGACGUUCACGAGGGAUUGAAGAAGUACGCAUGCGACAUAUGCGGUCGCGCGUUCGCCAGUAAAGGAGCAAAAGAUGACCAUCGUAGGAUCCAUACGGGUGAACGUCCGUACGCGUGCGAGCACUGUCCGAAAAUGUUUCGGACACUGAAUUCCAUUUACAUACAUAAUCGUGUCCACACGGAUUACAAACCUCACAAAUGCUCGUACUGCGGCAAACAUUUUCGAAGCAGGCAAAGGUUGACCCAUCACGAGACCACGCACACCGGCAUCAAAGCCUAUGCCUGCGAGAUCUGUGGUAAAACAUUCUCGGUCAAAGGAGAGGUUGUACGACAUCGUGCGAUACACAACGAAGAGAAACCGUUUGAUUGCAAGUGUGGUAUGAAAUUUAGCCAGAAGAGGUAUCUGAGAAAUCAUAUAAAACAGCAUCACAAAGAGGCAUCUUCUUGGUUGCUGGAAGAGCUACUGGGAAAUAAUACCUAA